AUGGCUUCCACCGAUUCGGAUUCAGCCUCCGGAGCCACGUCGCCGACGUUCACACUGCAGAUCAUAUCGCCCUCUGUCAAUGUGCCGCAACCACUCAACUUUACUGAUCUCCAAGCGACAACUACUGUACAGCAACUGAAAGAAAAGAUUCGCAAUGCUAUAGAUGCAAAGCCGAGUGAUGUGGCACAGCGUCUUAUACACCGUGGACGCCUGCUGUCAAAGGAUGAUGACACAAUGCUGGACGUGUUUGGGGAAGAUGCAGUCCGCUCUACCGAAGUCAAGACGUUGCAUCUCGUUCUUCGCGAUCUUUCCGACACGCGCCCUGCGAGCGUUUCGCUCCCUACAAACACAAGCCAGCCUGCAACAGCCCCAUCACAGAAUCGCCCAGCUGGACAAACUCACAACCAGCCUCAGCAACAGCCGCAAGUACGAAACUUGAAUGCCCACGCACAUGGUCACUUUCCGCAUUUGCAGCAUGCUCAAAUACACGCGACACAUCACAACCUACCAUUUGGCUUUCAACAGCCAAUAGCAGCGGGAGGCGCGGCUCCCCCAUUCAACUAUCUUCCUCCGCAACUUCAGCAGAUGCAACAGGCUCAGCAAAUUGCUCAGCAGCAGCGAUUGCAUGAACUUAUUAACCAGAACCAGAGAGAGCGGGCAACGCUAGGUCUUCACGGGGCUCAAGAUGCACCUGCCCCUGCUGGUGUUUCGGGACCACAAGGCCAGAAUAGGACUGCCUCACCGCAUCGGCCGGAUGGCACCAGGACUGUGGUGAGAGAAGGGCUUGGGCCUGGGGGUCAGUCAUGGCGCAUCACGGUGAAUGAAACCGUCUCGGCCCAGCACAAUCCGCAGAGAAACGCCAGGACUGGUUCUCCAUUCCCUCCGCCUGACCUGCAGAACCUGUUCCGGCCACCAGGCGGAGCACCCCAGCCACCUCGUUCAGUGCCUUUGGCAGGACCUCACGGAGGCUCAUUGUCUGGACCUGAUGUGCACAGCAUGCUCCGAACAGCAGAUGCUGGACAAGCGGCCACAAGGGUCAUGACAGAUGCGAUGCGUCGUAAUGCCAGCAAUUCUUCGCUUUUCAAUCUGGCAAAUUCGCAAGCAAACCAACCCAUUCCACCUGGCGUCACGGUCCCAUCACGGACAGGAAGCGCAAUGGGCACCCCUGACCCCUUACGAGCAGCUCGUAAUCACGUUCAACCUGCCAGCCAGCCUCAAAUGCAACAGUCGAUAGGCUCAGAAGUUUAUAUUCUGUCAUCUCCAGAAGGCCCCAGAGCACUGUUAGUAAACGGCAAUCUUGGGACAUACCAGAGUCCAAAUAGCAAUGUCCAAUUCCCGAUUCCUGCACAGGCAUUACGUCGCCAAUAUAUGUUUCCGCCACCGCCGUUGCCACCGUUUGGUCUGCAUCCCGGCAUGCAAGCACAGCCGGGCCAAAUGCACCACCUUCCUCUCAUUGCCAACCCCUGGGUGCCUCCUGCUGCUGAUCAUGCGACGCAACACAACCCGCAGCAUCAACAACAGCAGCAGCAGCAGGCUCAGGCCCCAGCACCUCUGCCUCAAGGCCUACCCCUGAUUCCCCAGGCGCAACCGCGUCUGGGCCACGGUAUUGCUCACCCGGGUAAUGUCCAGGUCCGUGCAAUUGCUGUGGCACAGUUAUGGCCGCAUAUCUGGAUGGUGAUUCGCCUCCUCCUCUUCGUGUGGUGGUUUACGUCGCCCACGGCAAGUUGGCAGAGAUGGUUCACAGUCACGGCCAUUGCCUUUACCCUGUUUCUCGUCAAUACCGGCCUGCUCACGCCACUCGCUGAGCAGUUUUGGACUCCCAUGCGCCGACAUCUAGACAAUCUUAUGCCCGCGGCUGAUAAUCAUGGCCGUGAACGGCCUGCCAGAGCUGGAGAUGCCCAAGCCAAUCAUGGAAAUGUUGGCGUACAGGGUGAUGGGGGACAACCAAACCCGGCUGAAAUGGCUGCCCGACUGGUUCGGGAGAGGAGAGUCGCCAACGGUAAUUGGCUCAUGACUCAAGCCCGAAGACUAGAGCGUGCCGGCAUUCUCUUCCUUGCCAGCAUCGCUCCAGGAGUAGCGGAGAGACACAUUGCCAACCUUGAAGCAGAGGCUAGAGCUGAGCAACAACGUCGAGAGCAAGCAGAAGCCGAUGAGCAACGGCGCAUUGCUGAGCUUGCAGCAGCUGAGGCUACGGAGGCGUCCGGGCAACCUGCGGAGAACUCUGAACAUGCCGAGACAACUGCGCAGGAACCGCCCGAAGAGAGAGGCGGGGAUGAAAGACCCGAAGCUCCUGAAGAGCCACUUAUUGCUAUUUGA